AUGAGCUCCGACAGUUCUUCGAAUGCCGGCCCGGCCCUGUUGAGUGGUCUCUGGGCGGCCGUCGGCAUCACCACAUUCAUCCUCAUUCUCCGCAUCGCUGCUAAGAUCAAAAUUCGUCACUUCCACAUCGACGAUGUGCUGAUGAUUGCGGCCCUAAUUCUAACCCUCUCUUCCAUGGGGCUUUUAACCAAUUCUGUCCGACAUGGCUUUGGGAAAGACCUCGAGACCCUGGAUUUGUCAGAUGUGGAAGCAGUGUUGAAAGACAUUGCGAUACAGGUACCGCUCGUCACGUUCAGCACCGGGAUUGCCCGCUCCUCGUUCGUUCUCUAUCUGCUCGGAAUCCUUGGCGGGAAGAAACCAUACCAGAUCGCGCUAUGGACAGCCAUGAUGCUGCAGCUAGUCUGCAACAUCAUCGCCGCCGUUCUACCACUCAGUAUUUGCCGCAAUGUCCGGGCAUUAUGGGUUCCCGGAACGAAGACUACCUGCGGUAACACCGUUGCGGUCAUUCACUUUGCCUAUUUCCAGUCUUCUAUCAACACCGCGACCGACUUGUUCCUAGCAGUCUUCCCUACUGUGAUCUUCUGGAACCUGAAUCUAAAGCUUCGCAUCAAGAUCAGUUUGAUUAUCCUGCUAAGUUUGGGUAUUGUGGCUAUGAUUGCGUCUAUCAUCAAAACCACCAAGCUCGACGAAGUUCCUAGCGUGACCAAUAUCGGCGCGUCCGGAGGCGUGGAACUGAUCCGCUGGGGUUACACUGAGAACGUGAUCAUCAUCAUGACCUCAUCCAUCCCUUGUAUCCGACCGCUUUUGAUCUCCUCUGUGAGGAAAUUCUCCAGCAAUGCCAAGUCACGCUCCUACGAGCUCACUGGACCCUUCAGCGGCAAUAAGGGCAAUACGAAAAAUGGCACUGCGCCAUCACAGAACCAGGAACGGAGGGAUGAUGACGCCGACAGCGUCGAACAGAUUCUGCGUGAGGCCUACCAGCAGAAUUCGGCGCUGGAGGCUGGUCGUGGUAUCACGAAACAAGUCGACAUCUCGGUAGUGUCUGAUGGGUCAUCUUUCGGACGAUGA